AGUGCAAAGAGUAAUGCAGCGCAGUUUUGAAAGUGGAAACCACAAUAUAUUUUUGAUUGGUGACUCUGGAUAUCCAUUAGAGCUGUGGUUAAUGACUCCUCUUCCAAACCAACCUCAAGGAAGUCCCAAAUUCCGCUACAAUGAGGCAUUGUGUAAAGCACGAAACCCAGUCGAGCGACGUUUUGGCGUUGUAAAGGAACCUGGCGAUGCCUUUCUCAACAGAGAACUCUUUUGUACGAUGCUGGAUUCAAUGGUAGAAUAGUCAA